CGCGCACCCGGCUCGGACCUGUCCGUACCCCGCAGGGCCAUGAACCGGCUCCCACAGCUCCUGCUGUGGGUCCUGACUGUGGUUGUUGUCUCCUGUUCUGGAUCACAUGAAGAAAACUCUUCUUCACCAAAUCCACCUCAGAAGCUCUCCCUGAUAAAAAAUGGGAUGGUGUCAUUGCAUCAGCCUUCUAAACCAGAAAUCUCUUGUAUCAUCGGCUCAAGCUGUUCAUGGGUGACGUCUACAGACAAUUUUGGAAAACCAGACUGGGUGUUAUCUUCAGUUGGUGUCCUGGUGUCUCAGGAGAGGCAGCAGCUGCUUCUGGAAAACAGUUCCUCCCGUGGAGAUGUUGAAGGGGACAUUUUCCUCCUGAACACCAGUAGGCUCCCAGAUAGAUGUGAGUUCAGCCUGCAUAGCCCCAUCCUGCCUGGGAGCUUGGACUCUUGCUUGCUGGAACUGGCCAUAUAUUCACAGGAUGCUGUUCCUCUCCUCCAGAGGUUCACAGUUGAAAUCAGAUAUGUGGAGACAAACAGAAAUAUAAUAAUUUCUCUGAGAGUUGGCCAUGAGGAGGAUGCCGGGAUGAAAUGGAAAUACAUGAUGGCCCAGAUAGGCCGAAUAGAAAGACCUUUUAAAAUCACCUUGCUGUAUUCAAACUGUGGAGCAAAAGAGGUUGGAGUACUGGCAGUGGGCUCCUUGCAACUCAGGAACUGCUUUCAUGAUAAAGAAAACCAAGAUCUUUAUGUAUAUGACAAAGGCUCCACCUUCCCCUGCCUUCAUGGAGGUUGUGUCAGCCACCUACAAAUCUGUGAAUUCAUCAGUGAUUGCCCUGCCAAAGAACAGGAAGGAGUGAGGUGUGACAGUCUCCCAGAGGGCUCACAUUGCUCUUUUGAAGAGGGCCCAUGUGGGUGGAUGCUGAAUGAAACUGCAGCGUCUCCUUGGUCUAUUCGAGGCUUUACUGAAAUGAUUCAAGAUGACUCAUUUGUAGGGUCUACCUUGCAAGCCACUGGAGGACACUUCCUCUACCUGCGAGCAGAGAGCAAUCAGACAAGUGGUAUGGCCAAGGCUUACAGUACCAGCUUGCCAGCCAGCAUUGCCACUGAAGACUACCAGGUCCAAUUCUCAGUGCAUGUUUUUGGCAGCUACAACGGUACUGUCUCCUUCUCUGUCAGGGAAGAGAUAAAGGGAGCUCCAAAAGCCUUGCCAAUGUGGGAAAGAGCAGGGAGCUGGAGCGACCACUGGUUUCUCAUCACCUUACCAAUGCCAGUGCUUCAGAACCGGUUUCAACUGCAACUCCUCGCAACCUGGGGCUGGAAUUCCCAAGCUGACAUUGCUAUCGACAAUAUUACAUUUGGACUGGACUGCUUCACUGACGGAAGACAACCAAAUCAUUUUGCUGGGAAGCGCCAGUACCCACGGGAGAUUAGUAUCCUGGAUGAGCAUCUUCUGAACCCCCUGGAAGAGCCCUCCCUCCCAGGAGACACAUCUGUUGUUCUCUGGUGGUUCACGACUUGUGGUGCCAGUGGUCCACGUGGGCCAACUCAAGCUCAGUGCGACAGCGCCUAUAAGAACAGCAACGUGUCCGUGACUGUGGAGAAAGAGGGCAGGCUCCGGGGAGUGCAAGUCUGGAGAGUGCCAACCACAAACCGAUACAGGAUUUCUGCCUAUGGAGCAGCCGGGGGAAAGGGAGCCAAAAACCACAAUAAGAGGUCCCAUGGGGUCUUCAUCUCGGCCACCUUCCAGCUGGAGAAAGAUGAGCUGCUGUACAUCUUAGUGGGGCAGCAGGGGGAGGAUGCCUGCCCUGGGGGCAAUCCUGAAACCCAGAAGAUCUGCUUAGGGGAGUCAUCUCUCAUUGAAGAAGAUUACAAAAAAAAAAAGGACCCGAAGGACUGGGUUGGAGGAGGUGGGGGUGGAGGAGGAGCAACCUACAUCUUUAGACAGAAGGAUGGGAUUUUCGAACCUUUGCUCAUCGCAGCAGGAGGAGGAGGAAAAGCCUACCUGAAGGCUCAGGACAGCUCCCUGGAUGACGUACCCCUGGAGCAAUUUGAGAACAGCACUGCAGUACCUGGAGUCAGUGGCAGGACUGGGGCAGCAGGUGGAGGUGGUGGCUGGCAAGAUGAGACUCUACUUCCUCAGGCUGGGAAGUCCCUUCUGGAAGGUGGAGAAGGGGGUCAAGCUUGUCCCCAAGCAUUAACCAAGCUCCAGUGGGCCACCUCCGGUGGUUUUGGUGGGGGAGGAGGAGCUUGUACUUCUGGUGGAGGAGGUGGAGGCUACAGAGGGGGGCAUGCCUCUGAUAAUGAUGAUAUCACAGCUGGUGGGCAGGAUGGCAUCUCUUUUGUGAACCCCAUUGGAGAGAUCUUCUUACAUCCCCUGGCAGCCAUGGAGAGCCAUGGAGAGGUGGAGGUUCAGAUCUAUCUUAACUGCAGCCACUGCCACUCAGACAACUGUAAGCGAGACCCUGACACCAACCUGCCAGUCUGCCAAUGUGAGAUGGGGGCUGUGCUAGCCAACGACAAUGUCACCUGCACUGUGCCCCAGGGCCCUAUCCCAGAGGGACACCUGCCUCUUCCACUCCUCCUAGCUGUGGUGGCUGUGAUUGUGGUGCUUGGAAUGAUCCUCACUUGCGGCAGCCUAUCUAUCAUUUACCACCUUAAGAAGCAGCAGCUGGAAGGAGCCAGAGCACGACUGCAGAGCCCAGAAUAUAAACUGAGCAAAAUCCGCACAUCAGCCAUCAUGACAGAUUACAACCCCAACUACUGCUUUGCAGGGAAAGCUGCCACUCUGAGCGAGCUGAAGGAGAUCCCACGGAAGAACAUCUCUCUGCUUCGGGCACUAGGACAUGGUGCAUUUGGUGAGGUUUACGAGGGAACUGUGGUAGGCAUUGCAGGGGAUCCCAACCCUCUUCAAGUGGCUAUCAAGACCCUGCCUGAAGUCUGCUCUGAGCAGGAUGAGAUGGAUUUCCUGAUGGAAGCAUUGAUUAUCAGUAAGUUCAAUCACCAAAAUAUCGUGCAGUGCAUCGGUGUUAGCCUACAGACGCUGCCUCGCUUCAUUCUGCUUGAGCUCAUGGCCGGAGGAGAUAUGAAGAGCUUUCUUCGGCAGAAUCGACCCAGGGUGAAUCAGCCAUCCACGCUAACAAUGCAGGACCUGCUGAACAUAGCUAGGGAUAUUGCCUGCGGCUGUAAAUAUCUGGAAGAGAAUCAUUUCAUCCACAGAGAUAUAGCUGCAAGGAAUUGCCUUUUGACCUGCACUGGCACAGGACGAAUAGCCAAGAUUGGUGACUUUGGGAUGGCCAGGGAUAUUUACAGAGCAAGUUACUACCGCAAGGGAGGAAGAGCCAUGCUUCCUGUCAAGUGGAUGCCACCAGAAGCUUUUCUAGAGGGCAUUUUCACCUCCAAAACUGAUACCUGGUCCUUUGGUGUGCUGCUUUGGGAGAUUUUCUCCCUAGGCUACAUGCCCUACCCUUGCAAAACCAAUCAGGAAGUGCUGGAAUUUGUCACUAGUGGAGGAAGAAUGGAUCCACCGAAAAACUGUCCAGGGCCAGUGUACCGGAUCAUGACACAGUGUUGGCAGCACAGCCCAGAGUAUCGGCCAAACUUCUCCACCAUCCUGGAAAGAAUCAAGUAUUGCACACAGGACCCCGAUGUGAUCAACACUGAGCUGCCCAUGGAGUGUGGCCCUGCACCAGAGGAUGAAGGGGGUACAGUCAUGCGCCCAAACAUUUCCAGUGGCAUAGUGCCCCUGUUAGUAAGCCCUUCUCUCACACCUCAGACGACACCUAAAACACUGGACUCCCGCCAUGCUGGGCACAAACUUGUACAAUGUCCACAAGAGUUACUGGUGGAGAACCUGAGCAGCCGGACUGCUCGAGGGCCCAGCCUGCCAUGCCUCAGCGAUUUCAACAGUGGGUCCUGGUUCCAGCAGACCUCAAACCAGAAGCUGGAGCUCAGCAAUCCACCAGCCCACAGACUUAAAAACAAAACGAAAAAUCUUUGGAACCCCACCUAUGGAUCAUGGGUGCUAGAGAACAUCUGUCACUUCAGCCCCAGCUCCAAGCUCAAAGCAACUCCAGAGCGGGAAGAUUCGGGCUUUGAUGGGAAUUGCAGUUCUUCUCCUAGCUCUCGAGCAUCUCCAGCAUCUCCAAGUCGAAGCAACUGCCCUCACCUGGAUAUCGGUGGGAUUGAACUGGUGAAACUCCAGACUUUCCCCUGCGGCAAUGUAAAUUAUGCUUAUGAUGACCUGUGCUAUAGCACUGACCACCAGCCAUUAGCUUUGGCAGAGGUCAGAGCAGCUGUGCUAAGGAGCUCCAGUCUGCGUAGAGAUGAAAAGCCUUUUUAUAAAACAGAGAAAACAUCAAGAGAGAGGGACUCUGGUCUGUCUUUGUCAGAUGACCUGAGUGUUACUCCAGUAUAACAGAAACAGUUCUUCCUAAGAUCAGGGAAUGUGGGUGUCUGGAAGGACUGCUUCCUAUUUCACUUACUUCCUCCAUUUAAGUUCCUUCAGAUGGGUGAUGUUUCAACAUCAGCAAUGUUCUGCUUCCUCCUUCUAUCAGCUGGAUCCCCAGAUCAUUAAAGACAGUUGCAUUUCUAUCUCUGUCCAUCAAAUGUGUUCCACUGAACCAGCUUAGUGGUGGAGAACAAUGGCAUUGCUGCUCUGAUUCAGAAAACAAUACUUACUGAAAGGACUCCUCCUCAAUCUGCUCAGGUGAAAAGAAAUGGACCUACCAUCCAACUGCAGCAUUUGGAUGGAAAUACUGACUAACACAGGUUGCGUUUCUUUCUCACUGAAGAAACCAAAAACGCAUCCUGUGCCAGCAUCAACCAACUUGCAAAGGCUGUUAUAUUCCUGAGAGCUUUUUACAGUCCUGAUUACUUACUAAUGAUGCUCAUGCACUGUAAGGGAAGUAAAUAAAUAGCAGCCACAUUUGCAUCUGUUUUAUUAGCAGACCCUGCAGAAAAACAUAAAAAUGAAGCUACUGCUCAAAUUUGAACCAGUAGGAAGGAUUAAAAAAAAAAAAAAAAAAAAAAUCCAGGCUCCUCUGAGCAUGUGCUUUGAAAACAAGCAAUGAAGAGGAAAACAAAUUUAUUGAAAAAAAAAAAAAGUUGGUGCAGCUGAUAGUAUCCCUUUGAAUAGUGAAGGAAAUGUGCUGCUUGCCUCAUGAUGUUUCUUUCCUCGCAGCUCCUGGCGUGGAAGGGGCAGGUGGUUUUCCAAGAAAGGGUGAGCUGCAUGGGGUGAUGAGAAAUGGACUGUCUUUACCUUUUAAUGGACUUUACUUGGAAUGAACUUCAUUUUUGUAAGUACUUUGAUAUUCAACAGUAAUUUCCUGUGCUACAUUCGUAAGCAUUAAGCUGAGGUUCUCGGGUAACUGUCUAGCAUUUGGCACACUGGAGUUCUUGGUUUUACUACCCACUCCUCUGAGGUAGAAAGGAAGCAAUGCGAGGGAGGGGCAGAGUGAAGGGGAACUUAAUACAAACACUACCUUACAGUGUGCCCUUUACACAAAAAUGUAGAAUAGCUCAACCAUUUGCGAAAGCUAAAAUCAUGACUUGCCUUCACACACUCAAGCAGGUCAUCAUUUCUUCUCACCUUCCAAGCGUACAGACUUGCUGGUAAAGGUAGUUGUUUGUUUUGAAGACAGCUCAUUUCUAAGGCUUUCCUCUGUUGCUUAGGGUCUAAACUGAUGUUUAAUGAUUAAAGCCUGCAAAAUAAGGAGGCUGAAAAAGUAAAUAAUUUGGAUUAAGCUUGAACAGUCUCGGAAGCUUUUUGUCCUUGUCCCAUUCCUGAAUGUUGCACUGCCUACCUACAGUGGCAAAUUACAUGCUGCCUUCAUGUCAAUCAAGUUGUACGGUGAGAUGUCUGUCACAGACACUGUCUGGUUCCUUUCUGAGGGAAGAGGUGCUCUGGUACAAGCUUCAUGCUUAGCGAUCAACUGCACGUACAAUCUGAAGGUGUGGGCUGGCAGGAGAGGGUUUGCUUUGACAACACAGAGUUCCUGUCCUCUGCAUCAUUCAGGGAUGGACACUACUGAGAUGUGGUGCAGAAAAGCACAGAGUGAAGAGUUUGAAUCCAUCCUGAGUGAAAUCCGUCUUCAGCCCAGGUUUAUGCUUUGUUGGUCUGACUUUGUAUCUAUCUGUUCCAAACUUCCUGUAGGUUUAGGCCUUUGGCUUUAGGAUGAAUAGUUUUAUAUACCGUCAAUUCCAAACCAGAGUGGUGAUGAUGGGCACCUUUCAGCAAUGACCCGUAUGGUAUGGAAAUAAUUCCAAAUCCAUGUUGGGAAAUGACAGGUGGUCAGAACACAGCAGUUCCUCUGUGUGUGGGCAAAUUCCAGGAGCGGUGUGGGGACUGAUGGGCUGAGUGACCAAGGGAGAUGGUUGCCCUCGCUUCAUGCCCUUCCUUCCAUUUCACCUUUGCUUUAGCUCUCUGGCUUCUCUGAAGUUUAGCUCAUUGUCUGUCCUAUCUUACAUCCAGGAGCUGCUACCCAGUUAGCAGGAAAUUUUCUCAUUCUUUCCUCUUGCAGAGGCUAACACUUAUUUUGGUCAUGUUUCAGGCUGGCCACCUUUGGAACAUGCUAGUCAAGGAUAAAUACAUCUACUCUCAGUAAUUAGAAUAACACCAGCUCAUCUUCAACAUCCUUACUUUUAGGCUUAUGUUAGUCUUAUGGUUUAUGCGUUAGUAGUUUUUUUCCCGGAGGUGAGCUAUCAAAGUCUCCAACAGUUGUGACCGGGCAUCAGCAGCUCAGCCCCUUCCCGCACAUCUGGUAAGGGCACAGCAGAGGACAGUGAUCCUAGUUCAGCUGCAGUGGACGUGGCUCCAGGUAGCUUUCCAACCCUUGUUGAGCAGAGCACUGGUGGUUAUGACCGUGCUGUUGCAGGCCCAUUACCAUUUUGCUUUCAAUUCUCCUUAGCCAUCAGCAUGGGUGGGAAAUUGGUGGUGAGGUGUGAAACAUGGACUUGUUCAAAAGUCAUGGGCAGUUAACUAUUCCACCUUCCUGCAGAUUUUAUAAAGCAGGCACAAGACAGUUUUUCAUAUUUUCACAUGGAAAUGAUGGUACAGUACCCUAAGAUUCCAGCAAGGAGCAGGUAGAAUCCCUGCUCUCCAUGUGCUUGCCCAGCUUGAGCUACCACUGUUUUCCCCAUACGCAGCACUUGCUUCAACUUAAUUCACGAAUUUAGAAGGGCCAAUAGUGAUAAAACUAGGUAAGUCAUUGAGAAGUGAAGUAAGAGACGAGCACAGUUCUAUCACCAAUGCCAUAGGCAGGCUUGGCUGCAGCUAUACCUUCAUUUCAUAAAUAAAAUGCAAGUUCUUCAGUCCAGAACUUUGGACAAAUACCUGUUUUUUACUCAAUAGCUGCAUCAAGGGACUUAUUUACAGGAAGAGCAUAGAUGAAGCUGCACUGAGCCAGCAUAAAACUCCAUCCUGCCCAGUAUGUUAUCUCGACAAGUGGCCAACAGCGGGGUGUGGAAGGGCAACUAUAAGAGUAGAGUGAGCAUGUAGUGAUCAUUUAUUUCCUAGACAUACUUUGCUGGUUUACAACAGCAUGUAGCACAGGGAGGUACUGAGCCAGAUGCAGUGUCUUGUAACAAGACAGAGCGUGGAGCUGUGCAUACCAAAUGGGCACUAAAAGAAAGAGCCAGGAAUUUUAAAAGAAUCUGCAUUAGCAACCUAAAUUUUAUAUAAGCUCUUAACUCCCUCAAAUAGAACUAAAGGUAAAUGAUCUUCUGUCAGCACAGCUGCCAUGAAUCUUUGACCUGUAACAGUUUUUCUGCGCAUAUCUGAUCUCUUAGCUGCUUUUGUAAAACUCUCACAGAUAAUGAAUUUUUAAUUAAUAUCCUGGAGGAAUUAAAGCUCCUGUUGUGAUGCCGAAAUGCUACAUGCUGUCCAAACUGUAUUAUCUAAAAAGAAAAAUAACAACCGCAAUGACAUACACCACAACCUUCAGUCCUACAAUUCUGAGACUGAAACUUACUGUCAUUCAAUCACAGAUUUCAUGGUGCUCAAUUGCCACCAUUUCAAAAUAUCACUUGCUUCAAACUGUUCUUUAAAGGAGACAUUUUUAGUGCAUAAUCAAUGAGUUGAACCCAUAGUGUCAAAAAUUAGAUUACUUUGGCAACUGAAAGCCAAAAACUGGUUUUGUUUCCUAAAGGAAUGACAUGAGCUGGAGAUCAGGGAUGAAUUCAGUCCUGUAAUCUACAUGAAAAGUCUUCCAACCCUUGCCCACUGCAAAAUCAGCCAUUUAUAAGAUUAUUAUAAAUUGCUCUUUGUGAUGGGUGUCUGUCUUUUAACAUGUUACCAACUUGGUUUUACCUUUGUGUGUAUAUAGUUGUUGGGUUUGGGUUUAUUUUUUUUUUUUUUUUCCUUCUGGGCUCAGCAUUAGUACUUUAUGUUGCUUCAUACAACCCCAUACCUAUAUUUUAAGGAGGGGACAGAAUAACAAAAGAUGAAACAAUAAUGCAAAUUUCAGUUUGUCUUUCUCUGAUUUCUUUUUACAUUUGUUGAUAUUCUUGCUUGUGAUUUCUUUGUUCUCUUCUCUCUCCUCAAGAGUUUUGUAUCUUCAUUUUUCCCUUUAAAGAAACAGAAUUUUAACUGCAUAGAUUUAAGGUGUCCCCCUCAUAUCAACUCUUUUCCUGAGGUAAGUUCUCCACUAAUUUGCCAACAGGAAGGUGUGCACUAAGGAAGCUUUGCAAGUCUAAUGAAAUAUUUACAGGCUUUUGUAAGUGUAACUUAUUCCAUCUCCAACACGUCCCCUCUACUUACCCAAAAGAGAAGAAAACACUACUGCUGGGAGUACGGUUGUCCCCACUGUAUUUGCAUCUCCACAGCUGUGUCAGCCAGGGACCACGCUUCCUCAGACCCUCGCGCAAGCAGAGCUCUGUGAGACAGUUUCUCCAUAGACAUGGCCUUGCUCGCCCUCCUCCUGGCUGCCUACCCUUUUCAGUCUGAUGCAGAGACCUUAGGCAUGACAUCACUAACGUCUUCCCAUCUCGUCAUGUGACUUUUUCAUUUAGUUGUGCUGGUUUUGAUUUGUCAUUACCUCUGACCACGGCAGCACUUCUUGCCAACCUACCUUUCUGGGUAACUACUGUACAUAAGUAGAUGACACACCUGCUUCUAUGCAAUUUAAAGCUGGACAAGUGUAUACUUCUAUAUUUGCAACACAAAAUAAAGAGACA